AUGGCCAGGAAGAGGCGCACCAAGAAGCGCAACAAGGGAACCAGCACACGACCAGACCCCGCGCAGGGCGGCGAGUCCAGCAUGUCCACCACCGACGAGCUCGCCUCCCACUCGAGCGACGGCCUGUCGAGCGGCAUGCGCGACACCGGGAGCGCCGCCACGGAGAUGACGAGCGUCAUGGGCAGCACCGAUGACGGUUCGCAGGCCGGUCUCGAGGCCGACGAGGAGUGGAAUUCGCAAGAGGAGGAAGGCAUGGACGUUGACGACGAUAAUUUCUCUGUCUUCGCGCCGAGUCACUACCCUCGACCGAGCGAGUCGCAUCGCACCGAGAUGCCCUACAUGACGUCGCCAAAUCACCAAGACAUAGUCUACCUUCACGUCUUCGACGGCAAACUAAGCACGGUACCAAUGGAGAACCCGCAGAGGAUACUAGACGUUGGCACGGGCAUUGGCGAGUGGGCGAUAGGCAUGGCGGACGAGUUCCCCAACUGCGAGGUCAUUGGCACAGACAUUUCCGCCAUAGCGCCCACGUCAAUACCGAUGAACUGCUUCUUCGAAGUCGAUGACGCCGAGCUCGAGUGGGAGCGCGAGCUCAACUCGUUCGACCUGGUGCACUUCCGCCAUAUGAUGGGCGCGUUCCUCGACUGGAACUUUAUCUACAAGGAGGCCUUCAAGGUCAUCCGCCCCGGCGGCUGGAUCGAGCUGCUGGACUGGGACGACCAGCAGGGGUUCAAGAAAUUUCUCUCAGAGUUUCCUCCCACGUCCGAGAUUCACGAGCUGUCGAGAGACCUGACGCAGGCGGGCGUCAAGGCCGGGCGAGCGAGGGGCGUCACGCACAUGAACCCGAAGCUGCUGACGGACGCCGGCUUCACGGAUAUCAAGCUGACGGAGCACACGAUACCUAUUAAUCUCGAGUCGAGCGAGGGCAAGCUAUGGCUGAUUGCCUGCAUCGACGGCCUGGAGGCAGAGUGCCUGCGGCCGCUUACAAAGUACAUGGGGUGGGAGCCCGAUCAUGUCAAGACGGCGUGCCACAACGUCGCCAGGGAGAUGGCGCGCCUGGCGAGAGAUCCGAUCAAGUCGCAUGGUCUCAUCGUCAAGGCGCGCGUGUUGGUGGGGAGAAAGCCGACGACCGCGGUCACGCCGCCGAGGGUGUACCCGAUUUUUAACGACGAUGCGGAUGAGACGGAUGAUACCGCACGAGAGGAUGCUUGCAGCAGACACCAUGACGAUGAUGAGUCCGCCGUUGAGACGGCGGUCUGA